AUGAACCCCGCCGCCCACCUUAGCGCCACGGAGAUACUCGACCAGGUCCUAUGGCGCGACACCGAGCGGAUAUUUGCGGCGCUGUCGCAGGCGCAGGGCGCCGCGAGGAGCUCUGUCGCGGCGCUCGCGAUGUUGACGUGGGAUAUCUUGACGACUAUGGACGAAGAGGUCAAGCUGAUCUGGCCCAUCCAGAACGUCCGUGUCGCCGUGCCCUGCGUUCCAUGGCUCAUAUUCCAGAUCAUGUCCACGUUCCUGGUCGAAGCUGCGGUGGAGGUGAUUAUUAUCCUUCGAAUAUAUGCGGUCUAUGCGGCCCAGCGAAAGGUCCUGCGCAUAAUGCUGCUGGGCCUUGCCGUGCAGCUCGCGAUCAUGAUCGUCAGUUUAGGCUUGAGCAUCAACAAGGUCCGGACCGGGUGGGACUGCAAGGCCGCGGAUCUGCCCACAGAAAUGGUUCUCUACAGCACCGCUUCGAUCGUGUAUGAAUCCUUCCUCUUCGGCCUGAUGAUGUACGGGAUUCUCCGGGGUGGGAAGGACGCGUUCUCGGAAACCACGCUUGUGAAUGCCCUCAGUUUCGAGCCGUACGCUAAGCCGAGGCUUGUAGUCGUCAUGUCAAUGAACACGAUCCUAUUCACCCUGGCGCCCUCGACUCUCGUCACGCUCGGCUUUCCCUGGCUGCUCGCCGUCCUCGGAUCUGCGGGCCCGCGCCUCAUCGUGAAACUGCGUGCGCAGCACGCGAACAACAUCGGCGGGCCGUCCUCGCUCGGGAAUCUGCGCUUCAAAACCCCGUCGCACUUUUACUCCGCGCUCAACCUCGACGACCUCGAGGAGCCGUCGCGGGUGUCGAUGCAGUAUGGAGUCGGGGAGGAGGGCGAAGGGAGUGAGGGGGAGGAAAGCUCGGAGGACGAGGCGGAGGGUGAGCAUGUUGCGCUAAACCCGAGGCGGCGCACGAUCAGCGGGCAGCAUGCGCUGAGCCCCAGCGAGGUCGAGGCGCAGACUCCGCCGUCGCCGCUGUCUCCGCCGAUACCGCUACCGGGGUAG